GUGGAAGUAUGAAGCAGACGACGGAACCUGACAGCGAGCUCGGAAACGAUCUGUGGCGAUUCAAACGGCAGCUCCACCAUCCUUUGGUUUCAACGGAAAAUCCAAAUAUAGAUAUGAUGUUUUCCUGAGUUUCAGAGGCGAAGAUACUCGCCACUCUUUCACUGUUCGUCUCUAUGAUGCUCUGCGCCGGAAGGGAAUCAACGCCUUCAUCGACGACAAGAAGCUCGGGAAGUGGAACAGAUCGCACCUGCUCUUCUUAAAGCCAUUGAGAAAUCAAUGAUUUCGAUUAUUGUCUUCUCUGCGAACUACGCUACGUCGUCAUGGUGCUGGAUGAGCUUGCCCACAUCAUAUGGUGUAAGGAGGAGAAGAACCAGCUGGUGACGCCCAUCUUCUACAAGGUGUAUGCCAUGGAUGUUCAGUUUCAGAGAAAUAGCUUUGGAGAAGCCAUGGCUGCUCAUGAAGCUGGUAGGUUCAGAGAUGGCUUAGAGAAAGUGCGUAAGUGGAGGUCUGCAUUAUUUGAAGCUGCUAGUCUGUCAUCAGCGUGGCUUUUCGAAGAUGGGCAUGAAUUUGGGUUUAUUGAAAGGAUUGUUGAAGAUGUAUAUGCUAUGCUUCCUCCUAAACCGUUCCAUAGCAUAGAACACAGCAUACUCCAUGAUCUCAUAGGAAGAUGCUCAACUAUCCAUAUCUUCUUCCUCUCUUUAGUCAUCUUACCAAUUAGCUACUAUGACCACCAGAGGCUGUGGGCAUUAUAUAAGGGGGCAUGGUUGAGCUAAUCCAUAUGAUGAAUGUUCUUACUGUCAUAGAAAAGGCCACACAAGAAACAACUGCUUCCAUAUUAUCGAGUUCCUAUCCAAUUUUCAAGGAGGAAGGGGUUGAGGCAAUCAAUCCAAUUGAGCAAAUCAUAUAGAAAAUCCCAGUCCUCGCACUAUAUCCAAGCCAUAACAUGAGACCUCAUCCGAUCGUCAAUUGCUGUCACUAGCCGACUAUAAGAGAAUCAUUGAUAAUCUCAAAAAAGAAGUUCAAACCCUUUCAAAUAAGACUCUUCCAAUAGGUGGAGUAGCCAUUGAAGACUCGG